AUGGCUGUAUAUGGUGGCUCCAUAAUGGCCAUGGAUGAGGACCUGGUGCAUGUAAGGAACACUGUCCUGUCACUCUGGCUGGGGGUGUUUCUGUUCCUAUACCAAUGGUCCCAGGUUGGGCACUCCCAACGCCAUGGUCCUCUGGGGGUGGUGAUUCCGCUGAAGGUAACAGUCAUCAGUCUGGGCAUGAAACCUGGAUGUUGGCUCUCUUACAGUAUGCAUUUUGGGGGCCAGAAACAUAUUGUCCACAUGAAGGUCAAUAACUAUUUGCUAUCCAGACACCUUCAAGUGUUCAGCUACACAAACCAGGGUGCCCUCCUUCUGGAACAGCCUUUCAUCCAGAAUGACUGCUACUAUCAAGGCUAUGUGGAAGGGGACCCAGAAUCCAUGGUGACCCUCUGUACCUGUUUGGGGGGUUUCCAAAGAACAUUACAGACAAAUGACGUUGUGUAUGAAAUAGAGCCCAAGAGGCAUUCUACCACGUUUGAACAUCUCAUAUACAAGGUGGACAGGAAGGAGACACAAUUCCCACCCAUGAGGUGUGGCUUGACAGAUGAAGAAACAGCACGACAAUUGAAGUUUCAAGAGACUGUUAAUUUCACCUUGAUGCAGAGUGGGUAUGAAGGCUGGUGGACCCACAAGCGGUUUCUUGAGCUGGCAGUGGUGGUGGACUACAAUCGAUACAUGCAUCGUGCAAGUAACACCACAAAAGUGCAGUAUGAAGUAUUCCUUGUUGUCAAUGGAAUUGAUAACUUCUUGAGCUCACUGGAUGUUGAUGUGGUUUUAAUGGGAAUUGAGGUCUCAAAUGCAAGAAACCUCCUUCCAGUAAAUAACAUAAGUGAUCUCUUGGUGGGAUUUUGCAGGUGGAAGAAAAACAGCUUUAAUAACUGCUUAACCCAUGAUGUUGCACAUGUUUUCGUAAAGCAGCACUAUGUUAUUUCUGUGGGCUUAGCCUAUGUUGAAGGAGUAUGUAACUUUCAUUUUAACUGUGGAGUUGAUAGUUUCAUGAAUGAUGAUGUGCAUGAUUUUGCAUAUAUUGUGUCACAUGAACUUGGUCAUAAUUUGGGUAUAAAACAUGAUGAAAACACCUUAAAUGUAGGGAACAUCUUCACAGUUACACAGUGUGGAAACAGUGUGGUUGAAGGAGGAAAAGAGUGUGACUGUGGCACUUUGCAGUUCUAUAUAAAAGAUCCCUGUUGUCAAUUAAGUUGUACCCUGAGAUUGGGGGCUGCCUGUGCUUUUGGGCUUUGUUGCCAAGACUGCCAGAUCCUGCCAACAGGCACAGUGUGUAGACAACAGGAAAACACAUGUGAUCUCCCAGAGUGGUGCAAUGGGACAUCCAACCAUUGUCCAGAAGAUGUGUAUGUGCAGGAUGGGAUCCCAUGCGAGGACAGUGGCUACUGCUAUGAGAAGAGAUGCAAUAACCGUGAAGAACAGUGUAGGAACAUUUUUGGCAAAGAGGCCAAGAGUGCCAAUCAGAGUUGCUACACCAAAAUGAACACCCAUGGUGAACGAUUUGGGAACUGGUAUCCGUGGCUCCAGAUACGUGCAGUGUAA